UGUGGCUCUGUCUGCUCUGAGGAGGGCUGUGGCCAAGGCUGCUGUCAGCCCAGCUGCUGCCAGACCACCUGCUGCCGCCCCAGCUGCUGUGUGUCCAGCUGCUGCAGGCCAUCUUGCUGCAUUUCUAGCUGCUGCAGGCCUUCCUGCUGCCGCCCCAGCUGCUGUGUGUCCAGCUGUUGCAGACCCAGUUGCUGCAGGCCUUCCUGCUGCCACCCCUGCUGUAGCAGUUCCAGCUGUUGUGGAUCCAGCUGCUGCCGCCCCAGCUGCUGUGUGUCCAGUUGUUGCAGACCCAGCUGCUGUGUGUCCAGCUGCUGCAGACCCAGCUGCUGCCAGUCUGUGUGCUGCCAGCCUACCUGCUGCCGCCCCAGCUGCUGCAGGCCAUCUUGCUGCAUUUCUAGCUGCUGCAGGCCUUCCUGCUGCCGCCCCUGCUGUAGCAGUUCCAGCUGUUGUGGAUCCAGCUGCUGCCGC